AUGGCUCUGCCUAAUGGAGCUACCAGAGCGGAUUACUCAGUGGGGGCUUGGGAGGCAAAGAACGGGGAAAAAGCAAAAUGGCAGCAGACAACCGACUGUGCCGGCAGCACACGGCAGGGAGCCAGAGUCGUAGGGGAGCUACUCAGUGACACUGGUCCCGUUUCACCGAACGGCGGUGUCUUUCUCUUGCAGGAGUCUCUGUAUUCCCUCGCUCUGAAAUGCCUUAUUAGCCUCUCCACGAUUAUCCUGCUCGGGCUCAUCAUCGUGUACCACGCAAGAGAAAUCCAGUUGUUCAUGGUGGACAAUGGAGCAGAUGACUGGAGAAUAGCCAUGACUUAUGAGCGUAUUUUCUUUAUCUGCUUGGAAAUACUGGUGUGUGCUAUACAUCCCAUACCUGGGAAUUAUACAUUCACAUGGACAGCCCGGCUCGCCUUUUCUUACGCUCCAUCCACAACAACAGCUGAUGUGGAUAUUAUUUUAUCUAUACCAAUGUUCUUAAGACUAUAUCUUAUUGCCAGAGUUAUGCUUUUGCAUAGCAAACUUUUCACUGAUGCCUCAUCUAGAAGCAUUGGAGCAUUAAAUAAGAUAAACUUCAAUACCCGUUUUGUUAUGAAGACUCUAAUGACAAUAUGUCCAGGAACUGUACUGUUGGUAUUUAGUAUCUCAUUAUGGAUAAUUGCUGCAUGGACUGUCCGAGCUUGUGAAAGAUACCAUGACCAACAGGAUGUUACUAGCAACUUUCUUGGAGCAAUGUGGUUGAUUUCUAUAACUUUUCUAUCCAUUGGAUAUGGGGAUAUGGUACCAAAUACAUACUGUGGAAAAGGGGUCUGUUUACUUACUGGAAUCAUGGGUGCUGGGUGCACUGCACUGGUGGUAGCUGUGGUGGCAAGGAAGUUAGAACUUACCAAAGCUGAAAAACAUGUGCAUAAUUUCAUGAUGGACACCCAGCUAACUAAAAGAGUGAAAAAUGCAGCGGCCAAUGUACUCAGGGAAACAUGGUUAAUUUAUAAAAACACAAAGCUGGUUAAAAAAAUUGACCAUGCAAAAGUAAGGAAACAUCAACGCAAAUUCUUGCAAGCUAUUCAUCAAGCUCGGAAAUUAAGAAGUGUAAAAAUGGAACAAAGGAAACUGAAUGAUCAAGCCAACACUUUGGUGGACCUGGCAAAGACUCAAAACAUCAUGUAUGACAUGAUUUCUGACUUAAAUGAACGAAGUGAAGAUUUUGAGAAGAGAAUUGUUACUCUGGAAACUAAACUGGAAACUUUAAUUGGUAGCAUUCAAGCUCUUCCUGGGCUGAUUAGCCAGACAAUCAGCCAGCAACAGAGGGAAUUCCUCGAGGCUCAGAUACAAAAUUACGAUAAGCAUGUUGCCUACAGUGCUGAACGAUCACGAUCUUUGUCAAGAAGAAGGAGAUCAUCCUCCACAGCACCACCAACUUCAUCAGAGAGUAGCUAGAAGAGAAUAAGUUAACCGCAAAAUAAAGACUUUUUGCCAUCAUAUGGUCAAUAUUUUAGCUUUUAUUGUAAAGCCCUAUGGUUCUAGCCAGCGUUAUCUGGGUUCUGAUAUCAGAAUCCUGGAAACCUGAAAACAUUUUAGGCCAAAAUGAGUGAAAACUCUUCUUUUUUCCCCCCUCCUCCUCUCAGAUGCACAGUGAAUGCACCUAGUAUUGCUAUAUUAGAUUGUUCUUCCUGUAAUUUCACUUUUUAUUCAUGCACUUCAAACAAGCUUUACUACUACAAUACAUAAUCUAAUAUAACAAAUACGUUAAUUUCUGCACAUAGUUACCUGAUUAUUUUGACCUAACAACCAAAAAAAAGAUCACAAUCAAAAGAACUAAUUACGAACUUUUAAGAAACUAAAUUGAAGCUUAAUAAUUAUUUCUCAGUAUGAAAGCUGUCUAAACUUUGCUUGCAGUGGAGGGGGAAAAAAAACCAAUAUUAAUCUAACAGUGUGCUGUAUAUGCAUAGUCAUUUUAAAAGGUCACUGACAGCUUUGAUUUCUGAAGUGAUUAAUUCAAAAUACGUCCUAGAAAAUAAGUCUCAGAGUAAGCUGUGGGUUUUUAAAAUAUUGUUAGGGCUUUUAUUUAACGUGCAUUGGUACACACACAAACACACAUAGAUAAUAUAUAUAUACAUAUGUAUUUAUGUAUAUAGAAUUAUUUAUGCAAUGCCCAUGGCAAUGAUCUUUUAAACUGACUAUUCGUAAAGCUACUGGCAUGCAAAAAGCACAGGCAAAGUCCUGUUUACUUAUUCAGAGUCUCAUAAGAAUGCCAGGUAAGUUUGUCCAGAUCAAAAGCACCACUUUCACCCAGAAGUCUCCUAAUAAUGCUAUUUGGGUUUUGAAAGUUUUAGGUUGCUACUUUCUCCACUCCUUUCUUUGUGUUUCUGGAGUGAAUGACUGACACACAGACUUACAGUGUACACAGUUAUAUGAUGGCAGCACAAUGUUCUGUAUACGUUAUGUUUGGGCAAUCCCCAUGGUUCCUGCUAUGCAGUCAAGCUUAGCAAAACACUAGCAAUAUUUCCAAAAUCUCCUGUAAAAAGCCAGCUGUAGACUGGAGUUACAACAGUAGGGUAUCUAUAGUACUUUAUUUUCAUGCAUAAAAAUAAGGUCUCCUACUUUAUUAAAGAAAAAAAAAAAAAAGAAAAAAAAAGAAAAGAAAAAAAAAACCAAAAACACAAACAAAACAAAUCACAAAGCAUAGUCACCAGUAGGCACUGGUGAAAAAGGUUUUGACUGACAUUUCUCCUGGUUUAUGCUCCAGAGUAGCAAAACUAGGUAAGUUUAAAUGUUCAGUACAUGCAACUUGCAUUCACAAUUCCUAGUUAUAAACAGGAAAUUAUUUGACUUUAUGAGACAUUUUUUAGUACUUGCUAUUUACGAAAUAUGCCAGUCCAGUCUGCCUCUCCCCCAGUUUACUGACAAGGGUGACAUCUGUAGCUAAACAAGUAGACAUGGCUGACUGUUUCUAAUGCUAUGUCUGCCUAGAGGUAACCAACUUGCUCGUUGAAGGAAAUGCACAUUGCUCCAUGAAACACUGUGACUUCUGGUCAGCAAGGACAGGCAGGAAAGAGUAAUGCAAGAAGUCAGGGCAGAGCCCUUCUGGGCAAGACAGAAGAACUGUUCUUUCCAGCAACCAGAAUUCCCCAAACCAAAUACAUAAUCUGAAAAACAGCAGACACUUUAGGCCUAUUCAAAUUAAAGGAUCUUCCUUUUCUGGUGUUACGAAUGUAUAAAUGAUGAAUGUAUAAGUGACAUCCAGAGGUAUUGCAUGCGUAUUAGAAGGUCAAGAAUUUCUCCAACUUUUUAUGUCCUUGAGAAAGAUGGUGACUUUGCAGUAUUUUUCCCCCUGGAGCAGGACAGUUGCAUGCCUUUGGCGUGCCUUAUUUACAGUCUGUGGUAUUUUGUGACUGGAAAUAACAAGCAGUAUGCAAUGUAUUUGCAGUUCUGCAUUUGUUUUUAUGGAGUUCAUUUCCAAAGGAAAAGAUGGAUAUUAUAAAGUCCUAAUACUUUUCUAGUGCAGUCCUUAACUAGAUGAAAUUGUGAGUGGUCAUAAGGCCAGUAGUGAUUAGUAAUAUUGGAAUUUAAUAGUCAAGUUUAAGAAUUCUUUUUUUCUCCUUUUUUGCAUUUAGUUUAGAAUACUUCUCUUGACAUUGAAUGUGAAAUACACUUUCUGUAGCUUGAAUACAUUCCUUUUUCUCCUGUCAGCUUGAACUAGCUCUUUCAUUGUUUACAUCUUUUUAAUAUGUGUAUAACACCCAUUUUUUGCACAACUGGGUUUUUAAAGAACUGUAGCUCCACUUUGAAAAUUCUUGUCAAUAUGUCAAUUUUAAUUAAGAUCCAGCUAUAAGUAUUGAGCUGGCUAUUUCUGAUAUGAAAGAGCAGCUGUCAAUCUUUGACCUCUCCAUUUCUUUUACUCACUAGGACUCAGAAGCCUGAACUUAAUAUUAUUGCCACAGCUUUAUGCAAUGGUGAGAUGCAUCAGGAUUAUUUCCAUCAGUAGCAUUCUGUAACAACCUGCCAAAUUAUUUAAAAAAAAAAAAAAAAAAAAAAAAAAAUGAGGUCACCAUGUAAUACUCCAGUUCUACAUCUUAAUUUACCUUCAAGCUCACUACAGAUUCUUUAUCUGCAUUUUCAGCACAUAUGAUUUUUUCUUGUACUAUCUGAUUUCAGCACUAAGGUGCUGCAUGGGGAUAUAUUACAUAAAAGGACAGAUAUAAACUUUUAUUCAGGGGAGCACAAAGCACUCUUGGUUUGAUUUUCUUACUCCAGACACUAAACUCCUUUUAGUCUUCCCUUGUCUGACUUUUGUAGUACCACAAAUUCCACUAAUGACAUUUUAGUUCCAAAACUUUAGCUCUAUCAUUGUCAACAUAUAUGAUCACUAAAAGGAAAACAUAUCGUUAUGACAGAUUGUGGAAACUGUAUAUUUAAAUGUAGACUUCUCUUGGAAUCAUUGUUUACAACUGACAAGGAGUCUUUACCAUAUUUACCAUAUUACUAUUGUAAAUCUUCAUGCACCUCUUGCCUUAGUUUCACCAGUAGGAAAAUUCUGCUUUCAGUUGCUAUUAAACCUUUUCGCUACAUUCCAGACACUGAUUCCAUUUGUGUUUCUUGGGAGUCUAGUUGCCAGUCUGCUUUUUCAAAGACACUGAGCAAAGGCACCUUGCUCGGAAGGACUGAAAUGUAAGAUCACAAAUAGGCCUGUUCACUAUGCUUAAAAUUAAAUGCAUUGAUUUAACUAGUACUUUUUACUUACAUUUAGGUUUUUUGCAGAAUCAGAAUAAUAGAUUCAUAUGUUUUAUGCUUGCAAAUGCUCUGCAA